GUCGUGACAACUGCUACCUCGGGGCCUGCAGCAUGGCAGGAGUCACUGACCUGCAAGUACAAGUGGCGGGGAUGGCUCUGUCGUUGCUCUCAGUGCUUGCUGCUUUAUUUCGGCUUGCAUAUCGCCACCGCCUGCAUCGUCUGUGGCUCGAUGAUGCCGCUGUGGCUGUCGCGACGACCUUCCAGAUCCUCCAAAUGACGUUCACCCAAAUUCGCUACAAUCCACAGAAGUUCAGUAGCGAAGUUCUCGUGGCCGGGUACUACAUAGCAGCACUUGCUUGCCUGAUUGUCGUCUGGGCCUCUCGGAUAUCCAUACUUACCACCAUUAUAUGUCUGACUAUCUAUCCGAGGACGAGGCGCUGGUUCCUCGCAUGCUUGGCCAUGUUCGCUGUCGCCUGCAUCGUCCUCAUGGCUCAAGAAAUAUGGACGUGCGAGGGAUCUCCUGAAUGGAAGCACCUGGAUAGUCCGCCACAGUGCUCUCUUGGGCUACAAGUAGCGAUCGCACAGAUCAUCGCCAACUUUUUCUCCGACGCGCUCCUUAUUAUUGCGCCACUUCGCUUGAUCUAUGGCGCUCGUCUCUCAAAAGCGCAGAGGAUCAGAAUCACAACGGUGUUCUGUGCCUCCGCUGCGACUACCGCGGUCAGCGUCUGGCACGUCUACUAUCUGAUACAUAGGGAGGGUCGGAUCGACAUCUUGGCCGGGAUUCUCGAGAUGUCCAUUAGUCUCAUUGUCGCAAAUCUUAAUGUUAUCAUCGCCUUUUGCUGCCGCAUCGCCGAAGACCACACCGAGAAACCCAACUUCACGACCAUUGUAUUCAGCUCGGAAAUUCUCAACAGGACCGAGCAAGAUAGUAUCUCGAUGACCGAUCAUAUUCGCGUGGACGUGUGUACGGAGACGCACUCGGAGUUUGCCGGCAAAUCGAGGAGCGUUCGAGGAGACCAGACAUCUAGCAGCGGUCAGGGCGAUAAAGAACGCGGAGACGUUUGAUUUCUGCUGUGAGAACACCGUUCAUUGCCGACGAAUGCGAUUCGUGCCGUGCGGCACGCGGUUUCUUUUGUGCGUGAGAUGGAAGAGGUUUGGCUUGCUUGGUAUGGACAAGUCUGAACUGUAAUUGAGCCCUUUGUUUUUUUAUAAUCCU